CUUUUUUUUUUUUUUGAAGCCAUUACCCUACAUUUUGUUAUAUUCAUUCUUAUCAAGAUGGUUUCUAUUCUUAUUUAAAUAUCCUUUGUUAAACUCGUUAUCUUUUUUAUAUUGUCUUGUCUAUUAAAUAUACGUCUCAAUUAUCUCGUGUCGUCUAUUUUGAAUCUCAUGUCUGCCUUUAUUGUGUCUCCCAAGCCUCUCUCUUUUCCCAAAAACCGUCCUAGCAAACCUUUCUUCUCUUAUUGUACUGACGAACCUUCCACCUGCACCAGAAAGAAAACUCUACAACAAAACACACCCGGAAAUUAAUAUUUAACAUUAUUCAGCCUAAAUUUCUGAAUUCUCUAUCAUCCAUGACAACAAGUAUGAACAGCAAUUAUUAUAUCAACAAUAUCAACACCGACAACAAUAACAACAAUAAUAAUAAUAACAAUAUGAAUAGUGAUCUUUUCUUGACUCAAGAUCCAUUUUCAACCUACCUCUUUGGUGCUGCUACUCCUGCUUCUCUUUCUCCUGUUACUCCUAUUACUACUACUCCAAGCUCCUCUGUAGAUGAAUGGUUGGCUGAUGAAUUGAAACAAUCUGGUCUAUUACCUCUGAUGCCUGAUUUUUUGAAACAAGAGAAUAAUGUAGUGGAUUAUUAUUUAGCUCAACAAGAAUCUUCUCCAGCAAUGACCUCUGGUAGCCCUGAUAGUAGUGCAAGUAGUGUAGGUAGUCCUCAAACUUCUCCUGUUUCUCUUGGAACUCCUCCUUCAUCAUCAUCGUAUCCUAUGAUUGCUACUCCACCCUUGUUUCCGGAUAUUGCGCCUAAAAAACCUGGAUUCCGUGCUAUUGCUCCUGCAAAGAAACAGCUUGUUCCUAUUAUGCCCAAAACUACCAACAACAACAACAACAACAACAAUACUCCAUCUGUUAAUCCUUCUUCUUUAAUGUCUGUUGCCAAUCAUCCUAUUCAUCAUCAAGUCAAUAACAAACGCAAGAUUGUCACUGACAAGGAACAAGAUGACAUUGCAUUGAAACGUCAAAAGAAUACUGAUGCUGCUCGUCGAUCUCGUUUGAAGAAAUUGGUCAAGAUGGAAACUUUGGAAAAACGUGUAGUGGAAUUGGAAGCUGAUAAUACAAGAUUGUCAACUCGCAUUGCCGUGCUGGAAUCUGAAAAAUCUGGUCUGGAAUCCAAAGAUAAAGGACUCGAAGAUCGCAUCCGUACCCUUGAAGCUCAACUUGCUGAAGCUCACAAGGCAUUGACUGGCCGUCAUUAAAGUGCCUCCAUCUUUUCUUUAUUAUUAUUAUUUUUUUUUUUUUAGUAUUAUCUUUAUGUUAGUUAGUUUUUUUUUUUUAUCCUUUUUAUUAUAG